GCGAACUAAAGUUUUCUCUCUGUUUUCAGGACGGUUUGCUUUUUGGGCUUUGACUGGGCCCAUGGGCGGGCUGAAGGGAAAAGGGACGACCGGAAACGCAUCCACUGAGGGGAAGAGGCGAAAAGAAAACGCAGGGAUCCAUUCUAGAAGGCCUUUGGUCCCUGUCCAUCCAGGGUGACUCCGGCUUUGGAGCCCAUGGAGCCAGCUGCCUACUUGCACUUCCCGCCAGACUCCCUCCUCUUCGGCUCGCUGCUCAGCCUGUUUGCACUGGUCUCAGCCCAGUUUGCUGUCGUGGGACCUGCCGAUCCAAUCCUGGUUAUGGUGGGAGAAAACACCACAUUACACUGCCACCUGUCUCCAGAGAAAAACGCCAAGGACAUGGAGGUGCGCUGGUUCCGGUCUCAGUUCUCCCCUGCCGUGCUCGUGUAUAAGGGUGGGCGAGAAAAAACCGAAGAGCAAAUGGAGGCGUACCAGGGAAGAACGACGUUCGUGAGUGGGGAACUCAGCAAGGGGAGAGUGGCGCUGAUCAUUCACAACGUCACAGCCCACGAACAUGGCAUUUAUCACUGUUACUUCCAAGAAGGCAGGUCCUACAACCAGGCCAUCAUACGGCUGAUGGUGGCAGGCCUGGGCUCUCUGCCCGUGGUUGAAAUGAAGGGCUACGAGGACGGAGGCGUCCUGCUUGAAUGCACCUCUGCGGGGUGGUUCCCGCAGCCGUUCGCGGUGUGGAGGGACCCCGUGGGUGAGGUCAUGGCCACGCUGGAGGAGGCUUACACGGCUGAAGACGACGGCCUCUUCUCAGUCGCCACCUCCGUGAUCGUCAGAAACAGCUCGGUGAGAAACGUGUCAUGUUCCGUCACCAACGCCUUACUCGGCCAGGAGAAGGAAACCGUGAUGUUUAUUCCAGGGGCAGAGGUAGGACAGUUCCCUAUCAGAAAUUCCAUCCACAAAUACUUCUUCAUCGACGUGUCUUACGUUUAA